AUGGGAUUCUCCAACCUUGGAGAAAUCCAGUUCAUCCUCUUCGCUGUUUUUCUGUGCCUGUAUCUGAUUAUCCUGAGUGGAAACAUCACCAUUGUCACUGUCAUCUGCCUGGAUCGCAGCCUCCACAUCCCUAUGUAUUUCUUCCUAGGGAUCCUUUCCAUCUCUGAGACAUGCUAUACCUUUGUCAUUCUGCCCAAGAUGCUCAUAAAUCUGUUGUCUCUGCUCAGAACAAUCUCAUUUGUUAACUGUGCCACUCAGAUGUUUUUCUUCCUUGGUUUUGCUGUCACUAAUUGCAUGCUACUGGGAAUCAUGGGUUAUGACCGCUUUGUUGCCAUCUGUCAUCCACUUCGGUACUUUGUCCUUAUGAGCUGGCAAGUCUGUGGACAAUUGGCAGCCACUUGUGCUGUAAUUGGUUUUUUGUUUUCAUUGAUAGGCUCCCUCUUAGUUUUUGAACUACCUUUCUGUGGCCCCAACAAGAUUAACCAUUACUUCUGUGACAUUUCACCAGUUAUCCGCCUUGCCUGUACUGAUUCCUAUAUCAAUGAACUCAUCAUCUUCAUUGGUGGAGUUUUAGCACUCAUGGCCCCUAUGACUUUUAUCUGCAUCUCUUAUGGCUUCAUUGUUCACACCAUCCUGAGGAUCCCAUCAGCUGACGGCAAGCGAAAAGCCUUCUCAACGUGUGCCUCCCAUCUUACUGUAGUCAUUGUCCACUAUGGCUGUGCCUCCUUUGUCUAUCUGCGGCUGUCAUCCAAGUACCCAUCCAGCAAAGAUAGAUUUGUAACAGUGACCUACACAGUUGUGACUCCAUUGUUGAACCCCUUGGUGUAUAGCCUAAGGAACAAAGAUGUCCAGAUGGCCAUUUGA